UGAUUUGGUCGAGCUUUGUGGUUUAAAGGAUAUACUACGGCCACUGCCUUGACCAUGGCUCAAAUUGGGUUGGAGAUGGUCUAAGAUCAAUUUUUUAAAAUAAAUAGUAGUUUUGUUUAUGACUGGUUUACCGUUUAAAAACCAAACUAAUUUUUAGAACACCGAUUUUUCGUCUAAUUAUAGCUCUUUAAAUGAAUCAUUCCACUUAAUCAAUCUGCCGUCACUAUUCAUAUUCCUAAAGAAAGUAAGACCAUGAUUAAUUCGGGGUUCUUAGAGUGAGGUUCUUAGCAGAAGUUAAGAAACAGUUUCUUAACUUCCGCUAAAAACCUCAUCCUAAGAACCCCGGAUUAAUCAUGCUCUAAGAAUAUUUCUUUUAGUGUUACACUUUAGAUAUAUCUAAAAAAACAAAUGUACUAUGUUCGCAAUACGUAAAGAGAACGUCACUGAGAGAAUCUUAGAAGGUCCCCCCAACUGCAACUUCCCUCUAUAAAUUCCAUAUUCAUUCUCUCACUCAAAAGAACAUUUCUCAAAAAGUAAAACAUAUCUCACUCUCUUUUAGUCUCCUCCGCUCUUCAAAAGCUUAUAUCAAUACCAUCCUCUCCUCUCCAUACAACAAUGGACUCUCAUUCUUGCCACCAAACCAAACAGAUUAUCCUCGUACACGGUCCCAUCAUCAUUGGAGCCGGUCCUUCCGGUCUUGCAACGUCUGCAUGUCUCUCUAGCCGUGGAGUCCCCUCUUUGAUCCUAGAACGUUCCGAUUCAGUAGCAUCUCUAUGGAAAUCCAAAACCUACGACCGACUCAAACUCCAUCUCCCUAAACACUAUUGUAGAUUACCACUCUUGGACUUCCCUGAAAACUUCCCAAAAUACCCUUCUAAAAACGAGUUCUUGGACUACCUUGAGUCAUACGCUUCGCAUUUUGGCAUCGUCCCUAGGUUCAAUGAGAACGUCCAAAACGCUUCUUACGAUUCCUCCUCCGGUUUAUGGAGAGUAAAGACUCUAAGUGGCGCAGAGUAUCUCUCCAAAUGGCUUGUCGUUGCGAGCGGUGAGAACGCAGACGCUUACGCCCCGGAGGUUCCGGGGAUAGUGAAGUUCUCCGGUGGGAGAAUUAUUCACGCAAGUGAAUACAAAAGCGGUGAAGAGUUCCGACAACAGAAAGUUUUAGUUGUCGGAUGUGGAAACUCCGGCAUGGAGAUUAGUUUGGAUCUUGUUCGACAUAACGCUUCUCCUCAUCUUGUUGUCCGAAACACAGUUCAUGUGUUGCCAAGGGAGAUACUUGGGUUGUCAACAUUUGGAAUUGGGAUGACACUUCUCAAAUGUUUACCAUUGAGGUUUGUUGAUAAGUUCUUGUUACUGAUGGCUAAUCUGUCGUUUGGAAAUACCGACCGGUUAGGUCUACGCAGACCAAAAACCGGUCCGCUUGAGCUAAAGAAUGUCACCGGAAAAACUCCGGUUCUUGACGUCGGAGCUAUGACUCUCAUCAGAUCUGGCAAGAUUCAGAUAAUGGAAGGUGUACAGGAAAUUACAAAAAAGGGAGCAAAGUUUAUGGAUGGUCAAGAAAAGGAAUUUGACUCUAUCAUAUUUGCCACUGGUUACAAAAGUAACGUGCCUACUUGGCUUCAGGGAAGUGAUUUUUUCACGAAGGAAGGGAUGCCGAAAACGCCGUUUCCAAACAGCUGGAGAGGAGGGAAAGGGUUGUACACUGUUGGGUUUACGAGGAGAGGACUCCUUGGAACGGCGUCUGACGCGGUUAAGAUUGCUGGCCAAAUAGCUGACCAGUGGAGAGAUAUAAAGGGGGCCACCAAGAAUUUGUGCAGCUCUCGUUUUGUUAUUAUCUCUAAAUCCUAAUUUGUGUUUUGAAAACGAAAAACAAAUCACUACCUAAUUUUGCAUGUUGUAAAUUGAAGAAAUAAACUUGUAUAGA